AUGCCAGCCGGCCCUUUGCGGACAAGACUACUACACAUCCACCUCACCCCACGCAUCCCAUACACGACCUCUCUCCUCAUCCAAGACCAGCUUCUCAACCUCCACUGGCAGCAUCGCGCCGCGCUGAAAUCAUCCACACCCAGCCCAUCCUCACCACCACCACCACCAAUCCUCCUCUCCUUCUCUACCCACCCAACCUACACAGUCGGCCGCCGGCACCUCCUCACCAAUCCGCUCUCCUCCUCACAGAUCUCCUAUUUAACAGCCAACGACGCUGCGGCCUUCCAUCCGACCUCACGCGGCGGGCUGCUAACGUAUCACGGUCCGGGCCAGUGUACGGCCUAUCCGAUCAUUGAUCUGAGGAGAUUCGGGCUGAGUGCGCGGUGUUAUGUGCGGCUGUUGGAGAAUGCGGUGAUCAGGACCUGUGAUGGGGUGCUUGAGCGGGCGGGAGCCAAGGCGAGGACGGGGAGGAGUGCGACUGAUCCGGGGGUUUGGAUGCUGAAAGAUGGUGCUGCUCAGCCUCGAUCGGACAGCAACAGCUGCCAGCCAAGCACGGAAGAACAAGCAGACAGCGCACUACCGGCUGUAAGCGACCGCAAAAUCUGCGCCCUAGGCGUCCAAGUCACACGCGGCGUCACCGCGCACGGCGUCGGUCUCAAUGUGCGAGACCAGGCUAUCGAAAAACGUCUGAGAAAGCUCUACUACGAUACAGAAGAUAUGACCGAGAACAGAAGAGCAGGUUACCUCUCCUACGGCUUCUCUCGCAUCGUCGCCUGCGGCCUUGAAGGCAAAUCCACUACGUGGCUGAGCCGCGAAGGCGUAGAUGCUGGAGACGUGAACGUGCCGUGUGUAGCGAGGGAACUGGCGGAAAACAUUGCGGUCGGAAUCGAGGAGACGGGCGAGAAGAAGGGGCUUGUUGAUGGUGUUGAGACUGUCGAGUUGGGCAGGGGGGACGUUGAGGCGCUGAAGUCGGGAAGCGCUCAGAUUGGGGAGCUAUCCACGAUCGAACGAGAGUUGCGACGGAAUUGGCAGCAAGUUGAGGUCUCAGUAGACCGAACUCACUGA